CAAAGGGAGAUAAGAGGGUUAUGUUUGGGUUUCUUUGCAGACUGAAUCUUUUCGCUCCCUUGAGACAGCAGGAAAGCCAUAUAUUUGAUCAUCUGGGGGACCACAACGACACCUACUACAUCUGCUGCGGACAUAUUGAUAACAGGAUUGGCUGUGAGGGCUGAGGAGACACUGAGAAUGAAUGAAGAUAAAGUACAUGAGAUCAUCCAGAGAUGGCGCGACACUCCAGAAGAAGAUUUGAAGCCAGAGGACUACCGGCAGUUCAAGGAUGUUGGAGCGGCCUGUCUCAGUGGCGGUGACAGCGAACAACUGCUGAAGUUUGUUCAGGAUGAGAAAAACCAGGGUAUUGUGAAGUCCAUGGGCUGUGUACUGUUGGCACCUCUUGUAAAUGAAGCGGUUAGGAAUGAGAAGAGUCAUGAUCUCUGCCAGGCUGCCAUCACACAACUGAUCAAGACUUGCAGCCCAAAAACCCUCCUGGAGAGCUUCCUUGAAUUAAUUGAAGACAUGGAUCCAGGUGCCAUUUCUGAAACCAUUUUAGUGCUCCUUCCUCAUCUUCAGACGGUUCUGCUUGAGCUGGAUGAGAACCAAGCGGCCUGCCUGGGUUUGGCUCUGUCAGCCCUUCAGAAGCAGCUGUCCCGGCUGCCGGUCCCUUACACCCUGCAGCAGGAGGAGGCUGAUGAGCACGGUCUGUGUCGCUGCUGCGUCGCCUUGGCUAUGUUCACUAAGCCUUUCAUAGAGGGGAUGAAGAAGAAGCGAGACGGCUGUGAUCCCACCGCUGAAGAGGACCAGCUGAAGGCUGAGAUUCUGCAGUUCUGCAUGAGGAGUUUAAAAGAGCCUUUGCUUGAAGCUGAACUGAACCGAGACAGAAAAUCCACUUUGUGGCUCUUUGCAGUGGAGAUAAUGGACAUUCUGCCUGCAAUCAAAGAGUCUCUUUCAGGGCUUCUGUUCUCCAGCUCUCUGAGAAAAUUCAGCAUGAUGGAUGCCAGCCUGUCCAAGGAAUCACUCGCCUGUUUGGCCUAUCUGCUUUUUGUCCCGCUCAUAAACAUCGAGAGCUUUCCAGCUGUGUUCAGUCCUGUAUUUAUUCUUCAGUGUAAUAUGGAGCACAUCAAUCAACUCCUCAGCACCAAAAAGGAAUCACAUUUGCUCAAAGGACUGGCACUGUUUGCUAAAAGUUUGGAGAGGGUGGAAGACAACAGCCUUCCAGUAGGUCUACUUGAUCUGAAAAGCUUCUAUAGUGCACCACAGAACCUGCGACAAGUUCUUACUGACUGUCCCUUUCAACAUUUGAGAGAAUCAGGACUGAAGGUUUUCCAGCUCUUCAUAAACAAACUAGAUGCCGAAGCGAAGCACAAAUUCUUCAGGUGCAUGUUAAGAACAAGUCACCAUGCAGGUGUUGAAAGCUACAUAGUGAAGAACAUCCGGAGUCAAAUUCAGUUGUCCAUAAAGAGUAAUUCCAAUAAGUGGCUCUUGGGAAUGGAGCUCCUGCCACUGCUUGAACUGGUGCUCAGUUUACCACAAGGUGCAGAGACAGAUUUGCUGAGCAAUAUGGACAAAGUCAUGGAGAGCCUGAAUCUUCUGCGCUACCUGCUUAUGCAAGACAAAGAACUCAAUGCAGACGUGAGGGAGGAGUUAUGCAGGAUCAAAGACGAAUACCUAAAGAUGCUGAGAGUGUGCAUCAGCAUGUCGAGAGCAUAUUACUCUGCUGAGAUGAAAGCACUGAAGGAGGAUCAAAAGCUAAAAGCAAAAGAAGCCAAAGAGCAUGCUAGGUCUACCAGAUGGUUAAAAAGCUUUACAGUAAAGCAUGACAAAGCCACCCAUAUGUCCCCGGAGGUCCAGUACCAGGUGCUGCAGAGUGCAUUGGUGACGUUCGACUUGAUGGAAAGUCUUAUAGUGCGUAUAGAUGAGAUCACAGCGGAAAAGCUACACUGA